UUUUUAUGGAAGGGGGCCCUGAAAUUGCUUUGCCCCAGGCCCCCUGAAUCCUCUGGGCGGCCCUGGGGGCCGGGGCCUGAUGCCCAGUGCCCUGGAGCGGGGGAGCCCAGACAGAAAGUUCGCCCAGUGCCCGCACCCGGGCUUGGCGGCGCUUAGCCUACAAGGGCCCGGCCUGUGCCCCUCACACUUGCCGGCGCUUUGCGAUACGUUUUCCCUUGUGAUGCAACAGGGCCUGGGGCGAACACGACGGCCUGGCCGCUGCCUGCCCCGCUGCGCACAGGCCCGUGAGGUGCAGCCCCACCAGCGGGACUUGCCGGCCAAGCCCUGCGAGCCGCGGGGGACUCCGCUGCCGGAGUCCAGCCUAGGGCAGGGCCAGGCCUGAGCGAGGCGACGCCUGGGGCGUAGCUGGCCUGGUCCCCGCCAGGCCCGGGGCGCGGGUCUGUUCCCCGCCCGCCUGUUUCUCCCCGCGGCGCACACGGGGCCCGGCCAGGGAGGUGCGAGCGCCGGAGGUUGCGGGCGGCCCCAGCGCGGAACUGCUCAGCCCGGGGAGCUGCUUCCCGGCGGGGACGGGUUCAGGGACGCACCUUCCGCCGCGGUCGCCGCUGGACCCAGAGCCGCCGCCGCCGCUCGGCUCCUCGGCGCGGGAGCUGGUCCCGGUUCGGUGCCGCCGCAGGGAGCCUGGGGCCGAGCCGCGGGCGGGGCCAUGGCGAUCCCGAUGGUGCCGAUGGAGACCCAGCUGCAGAGCAUCUUCGAGGAGGUGGUGAAAACAGAAGUUAUAGAGGAGGCUUUUCCUGGCAUGUUUAUGGACACUCCUGAAGAUGAGAGAACCAAAUUGAUCAGCUGCCUGGGAGCUUUUAGACAGUUCUGGAGCAGUCUUUCCCAGGAAUCUCAUGAACAAUGUGUCCAGUGGAUUGUAAGAUUCAUCCACAGCCAGCACAGUCCUAAAAGAAUUUCUUUCUUGUAUGACUGUUUAGCAAUGGCAGUCGAGACUGGUCUGUUGCCACCCAGAAUGGUUUGUGAAUCUCUAAUAAACUCGGACACCCUUGAAUGGGAAAGGACACAGCUGUGGGCAUUAACAUUUAAACUGGUCCGGAAAAUAAUUGGAGGUGUAGACUACAAGGGUGUGCGAGAUCUGUUGAAGGUGAUCCUGGAGAAAAUCCUAACUAUUCCUAACACAGUGAGCUCAGCUGUUGUACAGCAACUCUUAGCAGCAAGAGAGGUUGUAGCCUAUAUUUUGGAAAGAAAUGCCUGUUUAUUACCUGCCUACUUUGCAGUUACAGAGAUAAGAAAACUGUACCCUGAGGGAAAGCUUCCCCAUUGGUUGCUAGGUAACUUAGUAUCAGACUUUGUGGAUACCUUCAGACCCACCGCAAGAAUAAAUUCCAUUUGCGGACGUUGUAGUCUUCUUCCUGUGGUAAAUAACUCUGGCGCCAUGUGUAACUCAUGGAAGCUGGAUCCUACAACCCUUCGUUUCCCCUUGAAAGGACUCUUGCCAUACGAUAAGGAUCUGUUUGAGCCACAGACUGCUUUGUUGAGAUAUGUGCUGGAACAACCUUAUUCCAGGGAUAUGGUCUGCAAUAUGCUAGGUCUGAAUAAGCAGACCUUGAACAUUGCUCAGCACAAACAGCGCUGUCCUGUGCUGGAGGACCAGUUGGUGGAUCUCGUCGUGUAUGCCAUGGAACGUUCGGAGACUGAGGAGAAGUUUGACGAUGGUGGAACCAGCCAGUUGUUGUGGCAGCACCUUUCCAGCCAGCUCAUUUUCUUCGUGCUCUUUCAGUUUGCAAGCUUUCCUCACAUGGUCCUGUCACUCCAUCAAAAGUUGGCUGGACGAGGUCUUAUUAAAGGCAGAGACCAUCUGAUGUGGGUACUAUUGCAGUUCAUCUCUGGCAGCAUUCAAAAAAAUGCACUGGCUGACUUCCUCCCAGUUAUGAAGCUUUUUGAUCUCCUUUACCCUGAAAAAGAAUGUAUUCCUGUACCUGAUAUUAACAAACCACAGUCAACUCACGCCUUUGCAAUGACCUGUAUCUGGAUACACCUGAACCGAAAGGCUCACAGUGACAACUCCAAAUUACAAAUUCCCAUUCCUCAUUCUCUUAAGCUUCAUCAUGAGUUCCUACAACAGAGUCUAAGGAAUAAAAGUUUACAGAUGAAUGACUACAAGAUCGCCUUAUUAUGUAAUGCAUAUUCAACCAAUUCAGAGUGUUUCACAUUGCCUAUGGGUGUUCUAGUAGAAACUAUUUAUGGUAAUGGCAACAUGAGGAUACCUCUUCCAGGAACAAAUUGCAUGGCUUCCGGAUCUAUCACUCCAUUACCAAUGAACCUCUUGGAUUCGCUUACAGUUCAUGCCAAAAUGAGUCUUAUUCACAGCAUAGCUACCAGGGUGAUUAAACUGGCCCAUGCAAAGUCUAGUCUGGCCCUGGCACCAGCACUUGUGGAGACAUACAGUCGCUUAUUGGUUUAUAUGGAAAUAGAGUCCUUGGGGAUCAAAGGCUUUAUCAGUCAGCUGUUGCCAACAGUGUUUAAAUCUCAUGCUUGGGGAAUUUUGCAUACACUACUGGAGAUGUUCAGCUACCGUAUGCAUCAUAUCCAGCCUCACUACAGAGUCCAGCUGCUGAGCCAUCUUCAUUCUUUGGCUGCUGUGCCACAGACCAAUCAGAAUCAGCUUCAUCUCUGUGUUGAGAGCACUGCUCUAAGGCUAAUCACAGCGUUGGGCAGCUCUGAGGUCCAACCACAAUUUACCCGUUUCCUUAGUGACCCUAAAACAGUUCUUUCAGCAGAGUCAGAAGAACUCAACAGGGCUCUGAUUUUGACUCUAGCAAGAGCAACACAUGUGACAGACUUUUUCACAGGCUCCGAUUCAAUUCAGGGAACUUGGUGCAAGGACAUAUUGCAGACUAUCAUGAGUUUCACUCCCCAUAAUUGGGCCUCACACACACUAAGCUGUUUUCCAGCUCCACUGCAGGCAUUUUUCAAACAGAAUAAUGUUCCCCAAGAAAGCCGUUUUAACCUAAAGAAGAAUGUGGAAGAGGAAUACCGAAAGUGGAAGUCUAUGACCAAUGAGAAUGAUAUAAUCACUCACUUUUCCAUGCAGGGCUCCCCUCCCCUAUUCCUUUGCCUCCUAUGGAAGAUGCUGUUAGAGACUGAUCACAUUAAUCAGAUUGGCUACAGAGUUUUGGAGAGAAUUGGGGCUAGAGCUCUGGUUGCUCACGUUAGGACAUUUGCAGAUUUCUUGGUCUAUGAGUUCUCCACAUCAGCGGGAGGCCAGCAACUCAACAAAUGUAUUGAGAUUCUUAAUGACAUGGUGUGGAAAUAUAACAUUGUAACACUGGACAGGCUGAUACUGUGCUUGGCUAUGCGCAGUCAUGAAGGAAAUGAAGCCCAGGUCUGCUACUUCAUAAUUCAGUUACUCUUACUCAAGCCUAAUGAUUUUAGAAACCGAGUGAGUGAUUUUGUGAAGGAGAACUCUCCAGAGCACUGGCUGCAGAAUGAUUGGCAUACUAAACACAUGAGUUAUCAUAAGAAAUAUCCUGAAAAGCUGUAUUUUGAAGGGUUGGCAGAACAGGUCAACCCUCCUGUUCAGAUCCAACCCCAGUACCUACCCAUCUACUUUGGAAAUGUGUGCCUCCGUUUCCUGCCAGUAUUUGAUAUUGUAAUCCACAGAUUUCUGGAAUUGCUUCCAGUGUCCAAGUCCCUGGAGACUCUAUUGGAUCAUCUAGGAGGUUUAUACAAAUUCCAUGACCGUCCAGUGACAUACCUAUACAAUACUCUUCAUUAUUACGAGAGGCAUCUCAGAGAGCGCACAAACCUCAAGCGGAAGCUUGUCCAUGCCAUCAUUGGUUCUCUCAAAGAUAAUCGACCACAAGGCUGGUGUCUAAGUGACACUUAUAUCAAAUCUGCUAUGAAUGUACGAGAAGAUAAUCCAUGGAUCCCCGAUGACACUUAUUAUUGCAAACUGAUUGGAAGACUAGUAGACACUAUGGCUGGCAAGUCACCUGGUCCAUUUCCAAACUGCGACUGGAGAUUCAAUGAGUUUCCUAACCCAGCUGCCCAUGCUCUUCAUGUUACCUGUGUUGAACUCAUGGCUUUGGCUGUUCCAGGAAAGGAUGUGGGCAACGCACUUUUAAAUGUUGUGUUAAAGAGUCAGCCUCUGGUGCCAAGAGAGAAUAUCACAGCUUGGAUGAAUGCUAUUGGACUGAUUAUCACAGCCUUACCAGAGCCAUACUGGAUUGUCCUCCAUGAUCGGAUUGUCAGUGUUAUCAACAGUCCUAGCUUGACAUCAGAGACAGAGUGGGUUGGUUAUCCAUUCCAGCUCUUUGACUUCACAGCUUGCCAUCAGUCCUACUCUGAGAUGAGCUGUAGCUACACUUUGGCAUUGGCACAUGCCGUUUGGCACCAUUCUAGCAUUGGCCAACUUUCCCUCAUUCCAAAAUUCCUCACUGAAGUCUUGAUACCCAUAGUGAAGACAGAAUUCCAGUUACUUUAUGUUUACCACCUUGUUGGUCCUUUUCUACAGCGGUUUCAGCAAGAGAGGACACGAUGUAUGAUAGAGAUUGGGGUGGCGUUUUAUGAAAUGCUUCUGGAUGUGGACCAAUGCAGUACACAUCUGAACUACAUGGAUCCCAUAUGUGAUUUCUUGUAUUAUAUGAAGUACAUGUUUACUGGGGACAGUGUGAAAGAUCAAGCAGAGAAAAUUAUUUGCAAUUUAAGGCCGUCUUUGAAACUCCGUCUACGUUUCAUAACACACAUCAGCAAAAUGGAACCAGCUGCUAUUCCUCAGCAAUCCAUCAACAGCGGGUCUCCAGCACCACAGCCUAGCCAAGUGCCUGUUAAUGUUGCUUAGCCAGUAACACAAUAGAACAGGACAUCACACCGGUGUCUAUGUGAAGACUCUUUUCUAUUGACCAGGAUGAAACUCUCUUUGGUCUGAAUUUGGUGACAUUGUGUAACAAGGAAAGAGAACCAUC